AACCUGGUAUGUCGUAUUACAACAUUUCAGCUGAAAAUAAUUGAGUGGAUAACGGAAACCCAACACCCUCUCCUCUCUCUCUCUCUCUCUCUCUCUCUUACCUCAGAGAAAAUUGACAAUUGACGCUGCUGCUGGAGAAUGUCGUUUUGAGCUGUCACCCCAACCGCCUAUUAGCAUGAGUUUUAGCUCGGACUCUUCUUCUUCGUCGCCGGCGGCCGCUAUGGACUGGAAGUUCUCUCAGGUCUUCGGCGACAAACUGCCUGGAGAAGAUGUUCGAGACAUUGAUGUUAUUUCCGCAAUUGAGUUCGACAAGAGUGGCGAUCACUUGGCCGUCGGCGAUCGAGGCGGCCGCGUCGUCAUUUUUCAGGACAACGGUGGCCUUAGUCCUGUCCACUCCGCGGAAUGAGUUGGAGAGGCUUGAUAGAGUUAUUUCGAAGCAUCCUAAAUUUCAGUACAAAACAGAGUUCCAAAGUCACGAGCCAGAGUUUGAUUAUUUGAGGAGUGUUGAGAUUGAAGAAAAGAUCAAUAAAGUUAGGUGGUGUGCAGCAUCAACUGGAUCACUGCAUAUUCUAUCAUCAAAUGAUAAGACUAUCAAAUUAUGGAAGGUCAAGGACCGUCAAGUUAAGCGAGUCAAAGAAGUGGACACGAGUCAACCAAUAUCUUCUGAGAAUUCACUUUUGGCUGAAAAGAGUUUUAUUAAUGAGCAAAAAUCAUCUUUUGGUAACGGUCAUUCUCUAGAAUGGAAAGAAAACAUGGGGAAUGGUGUAUUCACUUAUAAUGGAACACAUGACAAGAUAGCAUGUUUAGAAGAUGCUAGUGUUUCAAGAAGUCGAAGGGUGUAUGCGCAUGCUCAUGAUUUCAGCAUCAACUCUAUCUCUGUUAAUAGUGAUUGGGAGACAUUUCUUUCUGGAGAUGACCUAAGAAUAAAUUUGUGGAAUCUAGAAAUCAGCAAUCAGUGUUUUAAUAUCAUUGACAUGAAGCCUGUAAACAUGGAAGAUCUCAUAGAGGUGAUCACAGCAGUUGAAUUCCAUCCAUCUCACUGUAAUCUGCUGGCUUACAGCAGUUCGAGAGGUUUUAUUCGGCUAGUAGACAUGAGAAAAUCAGCUCUAUGUGAUCACAGUGCUAGUAUAUUGAAAGAUGAGGAAUACCAUGGGCAGAAAUCUUUCUUCACAGAGAUCAUUGCAUCAAUAACUGAUAUGAAGUUUGCAAAUGAUGGAAGACAUAUUUUAAGCCGUGAUUUCAUGAAUCUGAAGCUAUGGGAUAUGCAUAUGGACUCUGGUCCAGUAGCAACAAUUAAGAUUCAUGAGAACCUGCGGCCUAAGUUGGCAGAUCUAUACAACAACGACGCAAUAUUUGAUAAGUUUGAAUGCUGUGUUGCUAAAGACCGUCUUAAUUUUGCAACUGGAUCUUACAGCAAUAUUCUACGCGUAUUUUCUAAUGGAGGUGGGGCUGAAGGAGUAACCAUUGAAGCCUACCGAAACCCAACUAGAAAGCCCCAAAGCCAAACCACAUCAAGACCUCGAAGAUCAUCUUUAAGUAACAUAGCUAGGGGUUUCUACAGGCAAGGUGACAGCCGCAGUGCAGAAAGUAAUGAGUUUUCGUACGAUUUCAACUCUAAGUUGCUGCAUAUGGCUUGGCAUCCAACAACUAAUCUGAUUGCCUGUGCUGCUGGAAGCAGCUUGCUUAUGUAUCAUGCCUAAAUGUAUAUAGCAAUUGUACAGACUGCUUACAGCAAGCGACCUUUUAGAUGGUUCGCGUUUUGUGUUCAUACCUCGUAACGACGUAGUUUCUGAGCAGUAAAGAGCAGAGACAACAAUAUCCCUCUACUGUUGAAGGUUUCUGUUACCUCUGCACAUAUAGAUGUAGCCAGUCUAUGGGUAUUGGAGGAUUCUUGCUUUCCUUUUGGAUGGUGCAUUCUCACCAGUAUCUUCAUAAUUGUAAAAUAAUAAUACUACUAUUGUCGUUUUGCUAUUGCAUACUCUUUCUUGAAAGGUAAACAAA